AAAGAGACCUAAAACAGCAAAAUAAACACACACACAAAAAUGAAACUAUUCAAAGUAGCAAUAAUCUUUCUUGUUCUUGUACAAUUAAAUCCACGGGCAGAUUCAGCUACUUCAAAACUAGAAAAAUUCAUCCAAUGUGUCUCAAUUAAUUCCGAUCUAUCAGUGUUACCACUCUCAAACAUAUUAUUCUUUGCUCCAAACAGUUCUCUCUUCACUUCAGUCCUUCAAUCUUCAGCUCAAAACCUCAGGUACUUAACUCCUUCAGUUCCAAAACCUGAGUUCAUCUUCACACCUCUACAUGAUUCCCAAGUCCAAGCAGCUGUUACUUGCUCAAAACAGCUCAAAUUAUACCUCAGAGUCCGAAGUGGUGGCCAUGACUACGAGGGUCUCUCCUACGUUUCGCAAAUCGAAACCCCUUUCUUCCUUUUAGACCUUGCCAACCUCCGAACAGUCGACGUUGACAUCAAGAACAACGCGGCAUGGAUUCAGGCGGGCGCCACCAUUGGCGAGGUUUACUAUAGAAUCUAUCAGAAGAGCAAAGUCCAUGGCUACCCUGCUGGGCUUUGUUCGACUCUAGGCGUUGGCGGCCACAUAACUGGCGGCGCCUAUGGCUCUAUGAUGAGAAAAUAUGGGCUGGGAGCUGAUAACGUUCUUGAUGCUAAAAUAGUUGAUGCAAAUGGAAGAAUGCUCGACCGGAAAGCCAUGGGAGAAGACCUCUUUUGGGCGAUCAGAGGCGGCGGUGGAGCGAGUUUUGGCAUCAUUUUAUGGUGGAAGAUAAAACUAGUACCUGUUCCUGCCAAGGUGACAGUUUUUACAGUCAGUAAGACGUUGGAACAAGGAGCAACUAAGCUUCUUCAUAGGUGGCAACAAGUUGUGGAUAAACUCAAUGAAGAUCUCUUCAUAAGAGUCAUUAUACAACCGGUAAGCAAGGGUAAGAACACAACUCAAAAAACUAUUUCCACUUCUUACCAAGCUCUAUUUCUUGGAGACCCUAAUAGUCUCCUUGAUGUUAUGCGUAAGAGUUUCCCUGAAUUGGGUUUGACAAGAAAAGAUUGUCUGGAAAUGAGCUGGAUCGAGUCUGUGGUUUACAUCUCUGGGACAUACCCUAGUGGAACCCCCCCUGAGGUUUUGCUCCAAGGAAAAACGACAUCAAAAAUUUACUUCAAAGCCAAAUCUGAUUUUGUCACCGACCCAAUACCCGAAACGACACUGGAAGGAAUUUGGGAAAGGUUUCUGGAAGAAGAAACUCCUUUGACGAUUUGGACACCAUAUGGGGGAAUGAUGAGCCGGAUUCCAGAAACCCAAAUCCCAUUUCCACACAGAAAAGGAGUCAUCUUCAUGAUUCAGUACCUUACGGCUUGGUUUGAUGGAAGCCCGAAAAGCACAGUAAAGCACGUGAAGUGGAUUCAAAGGCUUUAUGAUUACAUGACUCCAUAUGUGUCGAGGUUUCCAAGAGAAGCGUAUGUGAACUAUAGAGAUCUUGAUCUUGGAGUCAAUACUAACAACUGUACAAGCUUCAUCGAAGCAAUUUCAUGGGGAACUCAGUAUUUCAAGUGUAAUUUCUAUCGAUUGGUGAGGGUGAAGACUAACGUUGACCCUGAGAAUUUCUUCAGGCACGAACAAAGCAUCCCUCCUCUUCCAUUCACGCCUGAAGAUUAUUCAACAAAUAGAUCAGACGGUACUCAGGAAAACAUCAAGGUUAAUGGUCAUUGCUAGCUUAGAUUGUGUGUUUACAUUGGUGUGGAGAUAAUGUGCAUCUCCUUAUCGUUUGUAUGAUGUUAAUUUUGAAAAUUCAACCAAUAUUAUUUUGAAAGUUAACGUAUUAUUACUUUUGGGUGCUUUUUAUAUAAAGAAAAAUCACUGUAUGUACGUAAGGAGUUUACUUAUUUAUUUUUAUCUAUUGAGUUUUUAUUUAAUAAUUUAAAAAGUGAUUUGAAUACUUUUAUAUUGUAUAAUUAUUGAAUGUAAUUAUUAAUCAGUGUUUUCUAAAACUUUA